AUGGACUCCACGAUUGAGGCAGUGAUCAUCAAAGGCGGCGCGAAUGGAAUCGGCCUAGCCGUCGCGCAGACACUGGCCGCCAGCGGCGGAUGGGAUAUCUACCUCAUCGACAUGGACCAACAAGGCGGAGAAGCAGCCGCCGUCUCCGUUCCCGCUACAUUCCAUAUGGUCGACGUACACCGAAGCAGAAGGACAGCUUAUGAGAAUCAAUUUGGAGACGUCACAGGCAGGUACCACGCCAUUGACAGGAUGAGUUUCCAGGAUGUGCUACUUCCUGGGUGUGAUGCGAUGGAUAUAUGGGUGAAUACAUGUUCGGUACUCGCCGGCAACGAGGACUAUGGUGCGCGGCACAGAUGA